GAUAAUACUUGGCCUUAGGGCUGACGCCAAAUAGGGUGGAAAUUUAUCCCUCCUUUUUUUUAUUCGCCUCAAACUAACCACCAUGCCACUCUCUUUUCUACGCGCACCCAUCAGAAAGGCUGUUAUUCGUCCUUCUCUUGCCCGGUCCUCAGCAUUGAAACCCGCCGCCAGGGCUUUUGCAAUUCGUAGAUAUUCUACUGAGAACGCUGGCUUUAGUUCGGGAUCCAGCCCACCUCCAAAAUCUUCCAAUACCGCCCUUUUCGCUGGGCUAGCAGUGAUUGGCGUUGGCGGUGCUGCAUACUACUUCUUGAGUGACUCGGGAGAUGCAGUCAAGUCUGGCGUCCAAGCCGCCAAAGUUAUGGCCAACUUUGUGCCGUCUAAGGAAGAUUAUCAAAAGGUGUACAAUUGUAUUACUGAAAUCAUCGAUGACGCUGGCGACUACGAUGAUGGUUCUCAUGGCCCAGUCCUUCUACGGCUUGCAUGGCAUUCGUCUGGAACGUACGAUAAAGAUACGAAAACCGGCGGAAGCAAUUAUGCCACAAUGCGGUUUGACCCUGAGUCCCGUCAUGGUGCCAACGCAGGCCUUAACCUCGCCAGAGAUCUAAUGGAGAAGGUCAAGACGCAGUUUCCGUGGAUAAGUUAUGGCGACCUAUGGACAUUAGCUGGUGUCGCUGCUGUUCAGGAAAUGGGAGGACCAAAGAUUCCCUGGCGUCCUGGUCGUAUCGACGGUGUCGCCGCUGACGCGACUCCAGACGGUCGUCUGCCCGAUGCCACACAAGGCGCAGACCACGUUAGACAGAUCUUUUAUCGUAUGGGAUUCAACGAUCAGGAAAUUGUUGCGCUUCUUGGUGCACACGCUCUUGGUCGUUGUCACACUGACCGCUCUGGUUUCACCGGACCUUGGACAUUCUCGCCCACCACUUUCACAAACGAUUUCUACAAAUUGCUUUUUGACGAGAAGUGGAUUUGGAAGAAGUGGAAUGGUCCUAAGCAGCUCGAAGACAAGACGACUGGUACCCUCAUGAUGUUACCCACUGACUACGUCCUCGUCCAAGACAAGUCUUUCAGAAAACACGCAAAGGCAUAUGCUGACGAUGUCGACCUCUUCUUCAAAGAUUUUUCAGCAGCGGUUUCUCGUCUUUUCGAACUCGGUGUACCCACGCAACAGUUUGUCACCACGAAGGCCUGGAUAAUGAAGAGCUCAGAUGAGCAGGAGCCUGAGAAGAAGUGAGCGGAAGGUCGAUUUGAUGACGCUCUAGUGUAACGGCGGGUUCUAGAUUCUAAAUUCUAGAUGAGAUUCAUAGAUUUAGAUGAGACUCGUUCACUGAUAGACUUGGAUGUUUUUACUUUAUAAGAGUGUGUAUAAUGGGUCGUUUCUUCAAUCAAUAUCUGGU